CGAAGAGGAGGGGAGGGGGGCGACGUCGCCGGCGGUCGGAGGCGACGGGGAUGAGUCGGAAGGAGGCGGAGCCGGCAGGACAGGAUGGGUCUUCUUCGUCUGCCACUGAUGGGGGAGGAGGAAGUGGCAGUGGCCGGGAGCUGGCAGAUGCGCUGGCGCGGCGACGUUUGUACCGGGAGGUGACGCUGGCGCUGCACUCAGGGUUGCGCGACGCCAAGGCGGACUUCUCCUUCCUCCGCGCGCGUGGGCUCCGCAGCCUGCUCGGAUUCCUUCGCUCCACCGCCUCCGCGGCCGACGACGCGCUGCUGCUCCUUUUCCGCCACUCCCAAUCCAUCCCCGAUCUCCAAGUUAUUCCUGUUCUCUUUCAGAAUUCGUUGCAUCAACCAAAGCAAGAUCCUGUUGUGACAUUGGAUCAUAUAUUUGGAACGGAACCAAUGAAGAUUACAAGCCCCCCUACAGGUUCUGAAAUUGCUCUUGCACUUAGAGUCUUGGAAGGUUGUUGCCUUUUAUAUAGCCGAUGCACAGCUCUGGCCCACAAAUACAAGGCUGUGAAGGUACUCUUGAAUAUAUUAGCCAGCCGAGGUCCAACUGAGCAAGGAGUUUGCUUGGACACACUGAUAUCGCUGAUGUUGGACUCACCCUCCAAUCAGAUGGAUUUCGAAGAAUACAGUGGACUUGAAAAGGUUGCUGAACUUUUAAAGGAUGUGCAAGUGGAAAAGCAUAUAAGAUUGAAAUGUGGGGAAUUCCUAUUGUUGCUCAUUGGACAUGUUUUUGUGAAGGAAAACUCUCCCAUACAUGAACAAAUGAAAAAUCUGUUUGGUGAGCAGUGCGCAUCACUUAUAUGGGCAGCAAGCCGGUUCGGCUCCACCUUGGAUGCAGAGCAAAGGCAGACGACCUUGCAAAUACAAGCAAUGAGAGUUGUCGAAUCCUUGGAACCCUACUAGGACUGGUGCAUUCAUCUGUGUAACUUACGGGUGAUGACAAUUUGAUGUCUCUAAUCUGAGCUGCAUGCUCCAUUUUGUUCAUGCAAGCUUUGUUGUCAUUCUCUUCUGUGUAAAGCCAUUCUUAUGCUACUCUUUUUAGUAAGCUUUGUUAAAAGGAUCGUAUUAGUUCCAUUUGAGAACAAUGCAUUAGGGAGACACUAGGAAAACAUUAAAAUAUCCAUUUUGUUGUGGUAGAUUUGAGCUGUUGUACCUGUGAUUCAAAUAAAAGUGGUUAGUCC